AUGACGGCCUUUGUCAAUAACACACUGCCAAAACCCCACGGCACCUCGGCUCACUUCGCCUACCAGGAAUUUAGUUAUGGCAGUACCAUCGACACACAGGCCGAGAUAUCUACUACUGUGAGCGGAAUUUCUGUCGAUGUUCAGUGCCAGAGUGCCGAGCUCGAUUCGUGGUACUUUGCUAGCAAUGUGGCUGGCCAUAACAUAGACGUCGCCAUUCAGACACCAGGGUGCAAGCUAAGCUAUCACCAAUAUGACGUGAACUCGUCGAGCACUGUAACACGCACAGUCGGCCGCUACUGGGUCGAUUAUUGCAACGGAGACCGCAACCGCCCGGAGAACCUUCGCAUCGGAGUGGCAGUUGUCGAGAUGGAGGAGGAUUACUAUCCGACAAAUAACACGCGCAUCUCCGGCAUCUACCAUCCCCAAAUAGACCUGACCAUGAAGCGUUCGGUGCAAAUCAUGUGUACCCCAACAUAUGACAUGGCUAACCUGGUCAUUCAUUCUCAAGCUGGAUCUGUCGAAAGCGUUACUAUGUUUGGGGAUGCACAGCCGGGGAAAUUGGGCAACGUCAGCGUUGCAGACCUGAUGGGUUGGAUGGACUACGACUACACCGGGACCGGAUUCCUAAAUCUGUGCAGCGGAAUGCCCCACCUGCCAGGGUUCUGCGGUAGAGAGUCUACUCUUGAUCUAGAUCAACGCAUGCUGCUGGCGCUCCUUCUCUUCGACCCGUCCCCAACACCGAACCCGUCUUCCCUGGCCGAUGAAGGCCUGCUCCAGAAGCUCACGGCCGCGUUUUUUCGAGAGUACGUCAUUCAAGUCAUCCACAGUGGUUUGACGGUACCCAUUUCGGAGACCAUCAACGGCACGCUCACCAGGCCCGAGGAUCGCCUAACGGUCCGCCCCCUAACGGCACACUGUAUGGCGGCUGCCUUUGCCGUGUCGACGGCCCUGGCCGCCAUCCUGGCCGCCAUCACACCACGAGGGGGAAUUCUCCCGCGAGCGCCCAAUACGAUCGCGGGUAUGGCCACGGAUUUAGCAACAAACCGGCACGACUGGGAACGAUGGACUUCUCUGACAGCAGUAAAAUCGAGAAUGCGGCGUGAAACCAGAAUCGAGGGAGCCCCUGAUCAGGAGAGCCGCAUGAAAGUGUCAUGGUUGUGGCGGCCGCACCCGUUACAGACCCGCCGCUCAGGGCCGACCGCGCCUGUUAGCAUCCAUGAUGGUAACCCGUCGUCCAAAAUACCCAUCAUAAUUCACCCCUUCACACGGUCCGCAGUCAUCCUCGCGGUCAUUAUGUCCAUCAUAGUGCUCGAGGCCGUGCCACAGAGGGCGCAGGUGCGUGAUAGUGUGGAAGGCGUCGCCGAAAUCACUGCCGACGACACCUUUUUCAACGUGGUGUGGUCGUACGGACCUGCCAUCGUUGUGCUCCUUCUUAGCAGCUAUCAAACAUCCGUCGACAUCAUCACGCGGUCCCAACAACCCCUCAAGGCCAUGUGUCGACAGCGGGGAGCAUCACAUCCGUCCAGCGUCUGCUUAAACCUAAUCGAUAGGUUACCUCCGGCUACUCUCAUUACCGAGAUAAGGACGGGGAGCCUGGUUGCCUUGACCGCAACGGCGGCUAGCAUACUGGCAUCCCUCCUCGCGGUCUUUUCGGCAUCGCUCUACAGCAUCAAGUCGAUUGACCUGUCGUCGCCCAACCGGGUCCAGCUACUCGACUCCUUCGCCCCAUAUCUCAGCCGGGAGUACGAGGUCAGCGAAUGGGGCCUGAUAACUGCGCCCCUGAUUCUGACCAAGAAUAUGUCUUACCCAGCCUUUACAUACGAGAAGUUGGUUUUUCCCACUCUCAGACUCGAACAUACCUUUGUUGGAAACCAAACUGGGGAUCCAGGGCUGUCACUCGAUGCUCCGUUCAAUGUCACGACUCAGAUACCCGCCGUGCAAUCCCGACUAAACUGCAGGUUUUACGACUCGUCAGAAAUGAUAUCCGGCAUGAGAGAAAACCACCAUUGGACGGUGGAAAUCCCGGGGGCAACGGUCAUCCACGAUUAUGAAGUUGACAAAGACCAGACCUGCACCAUUUCAGUCUUCUCUUCGAACAACUCAGACUUUGCGCUUGGGGUUAGCGGUGUCACCAUAGAAGAGCCCGAAAUCGGGGAUCCCAGCGGGGUCGGGGGGCCCUCGAUAGAGAAUUGUGCGGCCGAUUAUCUCUACAUUUGGGGCACAGCUUCGCCCGCAGUCAAUGGCUCGUCCCUCGCCGUGUACGGCUGCAACGAGACCAUCGAGGCGGUGGAGGUAGCCGUGCACCUGCUCGGACGAGACCUACGGAUCGACCCGUCCAACCCGCCGCGGAUCGUCGACGGCACCCAGGCAGCAGUUACCGCGCUGCGGCCAAACAAAACCUUCAACCUCGCAGGAUUAAACGGGCGCGCGCCGUCGGAAGACAUAUACCUCCACAAUCUGGGCUAUCAAGCCAUGUUGGUGUCGGGCCCCGCCCAGGUCGACCAGUUCUUCAGCCUCCUGACCACGCCAGGCUCGCCCACCUCCCUCCCCCUCUCCUCCCUAACCAACCUCACCCAGAAACACCGCGUGGCCGAGGCCAUCCACCGCCAGCACGGCAUCAUCCGCGCGCAGUCGCUCAACGCCGAUUACCGCCGCCCGCGCAACACACCCGGCACCGUCACGCUCGGCGGCAGCCUGAAUGCCACGCUCGACGGCCACCCCAACAACAACAUUGACUACGACUUCGUCCCCGCCACCGUGACCGACCCGCAAGGCCGCACGCGCCAUGAUGCAGGACGCCACCUCAACGCGCGUCCUACAGGCGCUGCUGGCCGGAAUCCUGCUGCUCUCUGCUGUGGGCUGGGCGGGCGGGACGGGGAUGGGGAGCCGAGCUGCACGGCGGCUAGCUUCUGGCUCCGGUUCUGGUCCUGCCUCUGCGGCCGCUGCGGCCGCUGCGGCGGACUUGGACUGUGUCGUGUGGGGGCUGAGCUUGACAUGCAUUGCGGAUGUCAUGACCUUGUUGGCGGGGAGUGA